UAGCAGGACCAUUAAGGUUGGAAUUGCUUGUAUCCAAAGCAAGAUGCUGCAGUUCCAGAUUGUGGUGGUGCAUUUGGUCCUUGUGAUUACUCUUCUGCAGUGGCACUCCAGCUCGGUGCUCCUUGCAGAGGCAGCUCUGGAGCCUUUGGAGUCUUCUGCUGCUCUGGGUAUGGGAGCACAUCCCAUUGCCAGUGAAGAGAAGUCAGUAACCAAUCUGGCAGCCAAACUAUUCCUUGUUGAUGAGCUGGUAUCUCUGGAGAAUGAGGUGACUGAGACCAAGAAGAAAAGAAGUUUCCCAGGAUUUGGCUCUCCAAUUGACAGAAUUUCUUCAACCUCUGUGGAUGAUAAAGGCAAACAGAGGAAAGUGGUUGAGCUGCCUAAGAGACGGUUUGGAGUUCCUCUUGACCGGAUUGGAGUGAGCCGUCUUGGCACCACCAAGGGUGCUUCUGUUCUGAAUGAUUGA